CACUUACCUCCUAUAUACAAAGAAUACACACCAAAAGGAAAAAAAAAAAAAAUCUAUGGCAGUGGAGUAUAGUUGCUGUGGAACUGGGUUCUUCGUCCACAUUGCUAUUGCUAUUUUCCUGGUAUUGUUUGCCGGGUUGAUGUCUGGACUCACCUUAGGUCUCAUGUCUAUGAGUCUCGUCGAUCUUGAGGUUCUUGCCAAGUCUGGAACGCCUACCGAUCGUAAGCACGCAACAAAAAUAUUGCCAGUUGUGAAAAGGCAACACCUGCUGCUCUGCACCUUAUUAAUCUGUAAUGCUGCUGCUAUGGAGGCACUACCCAUUUUUUUGGAUGGUUUGGUAUCAGCUUGGGGUGCCAUUCUUAUUUCUGUGACCUUGAUACUUUUAUUUGGUGAGAUUAUUCCCCAAGCUGUUUGUUCUCGAUAUGGUUUGGCAAUUGGUGCAGCAGUGGCUCCAAUUGUUCAAGUUCUUGUUUGGAUUUGUUUUCCUGUUGCGUAUCCAAUAAGCAAGCUACUGGACUUUUUGUUGGGGGAGGGACAUGAUGCUCUUUUCCGCAGAGCUGAGCUGAAAACACUUGUAGAUUUGCAUGGUAAUGAGGCCGGCAAAGGAGGAGAACUGACGAGAGAUGAGACGACGAUCAUUGCAGGAGCACUUGAACUCACUGAGAAAACGGCAAAAGAUGCAAUGACACCCAUAUCUGAAACCUUUUCCAUUGAUAUAAAUGCUAAACUUGACCGAGCUUUGAUGAUGUUAAUUUUGGAGAAAGGGCAUAGCAGAGUGCCAGUUUAUCAUGAGCAUCCAAGAAACCUAAUUGGACUUGUCUUGGUUAAGAAUUUGUUAACCAUUCAUCCAGAAGAUGAAGUUCCUGUGAAGAAUGUGACUAUUCGCAAAAUCCCAAGGGUUUCAGAGACAAUGCCUCUUUAUGACAUACUAAAUGAGUUUCAGAAGGGUCAUAGCCAUAUGGCUGUCGUCGUAAGACAACAUGGUGACACAGAGAAAUCAGCUGGCGAAAGCACUGCUCAUGUCAGAGAUGUAAGGGUGGACAUUGAUGGCGAGAAGCUCACACAGAAAAAAAGUUUAAAGCGCAACAGAUCACUCAAGAAGCUGAAGAGUCUUCCUAGCGAUACAAGUCUGCACAGGGUAACAUCCAAAAGCAAGAAAUGGGCAAAUGGGGUUCACUCAGAAAUCCUGCAAUUCGAUGACAAUUCCCUUCCAAGUCUCGCCGAAGAGGGGGAGGCUAUUGGCAUAAUUACAUUGGAAGAUGUCAUUGAAGAGCUAUUACAAGAGGAGAUCUUCGAUGAGACAGAUUAUCGUGAUGGGAAUCACUAAUUCCCUAACCAGAAUGAAGGAAUUCAUAUUACAUUUAGGAGCCAAAACAUUUACGAGUCGAACCAGCAGAAGCUAGGCUCAUAUUCAUGAUUAAAGUAGCUAUCUGUACUCUCUACUUGCUUUUGUCAUUGCUGGUCCAUACCUUUUGAGUAGUGACAGCAAAAAAAGAGACUUUUAAGCAAUUUGAAAAUGUACAAGACUUUUCAAUGUAAUGGGCUUAAUUCACCACAA